AUGACAUUCUUGCCAAGUUCUGCAACUUUGACCAUUCUUAGUUUAGUGUUACUAGUGGUUGGAGUAAUUUUUUCUGGGGCUGAAGCUAGGCCAAGAGCAUUCUUUGUGUUUGGAGAUUCACUUGUUGAUAAUGGAAAUAACAAUUACUUGGCUACCACUGCACGUGCUGAUGCCCCUCCUUAUGGCAUUGAUUACUCUCCAACUCAUAGCCCAACUGGACGUUUCUCCAAUGGCUUCAACAUUCCUGACUUUAUCAGUCAACAACUUGGUGCUGAGUCUACAUUGCCAUAUUUGAGUCCAGAAUUGAGAGGAGAUAAGCUCCUAGUUGGUGCCAACUUCGCUUCAGCUGGAAUUGGCAUACUUAAUGACACUGGAAUUCAGUUUGUAAACGUGAUCAGAAUGUAUAGACAGCUAGAAUAUUUUCAGGAGUACCAGAACCGACUGAGUGCUCAAAUUGGAGCUUCACAGGCCAAAAAUUUGGUGAAUCAAUCGCUAGUCUUGAUUACAGUAGGUGGCAAUGAUUUUGUGAACAACUACUUCUUGGUUCCCAAUUCAGCAAGGUCCCGCCAGUACCCACUACCUCAAUAUGUGAAGUAUCUCAUAUCUGAGUACCAAAAACUUUUGCAGAGGCUGUAUGAUCUUGGAGCUCGGAGAGUUCUUGUGACAGGCACAGGACCUUUGGGUUGUGUUCCUUCAGAAUUGGCUCAACGUGGCAGAAAUGGACAAUGUGCUCCAGAACUGCAACGAGCUGCAGAAUUGUUUAACCCACAACUGGAACAAAUGUUACUACAACUCAACAGAAAACUUGGAAGGGACGUUUUCAUUGCUGCAAACACAGGAAAAAUGCAUAACAACUUCGUCACUAACCCCCAACAAUUGCAGUCACAAUGGUUUAUUACAUCAAAAGUAGCUUGUUGUGGGCAAGGACCCUACAAUGGUCUUGGACUGUGCACACCACUCUCCAACCUGUGCCCCAAUAGAAGGCAGUAUGCAUUUUGGGAUGCAUUCCAUCCAUCUGAGAUGGCCAACAAACUUAUUGUGGAGGAAAUCAUGUCAGCAACCCUAAUGGUGGCGGUGGUGAGGACGAUACUGGAAGAAGACUAG